AUGAACCUUCCCAAGCAUCUCUUUCGUGCGCCAGCGCGCUGCUUGAUGUCACUGCUAUUCAUCCUGUCCGGCGUCUCCAAGCUCACCUCAGUGGCACAAACACAACAAUACAUGGAAGCAUAUGGUGUUCCCGGGAUUUUGAUCUGGCCUGCCGCAGCUCUCGAAAUCACCGGUGGGACCAUGGUGCUGACUGGCACCUUCACGACUCCAGUAUCCAUCGUUCUCUCCGCAUGGUGUCUCCUCACUGCGGCGAUUUUCCACAAAGACCUCAAGGACCAGACACAAAUGAUCAUGUUUCUCAAAAACAUGGCCAUGGCGGGUGGUUUCCUGGUGCUGGCUGAAAGCGCAACCGAGGUUUGGAACCCGAAAGCGGCAACGGGAGAUCCGGAAGAAUCGAGUAGGCGUUGA